CGUUGCUCCCACGUACUUUCAACUCGGUGUUGCUCUAUUUUUGUUUCUUUCUUUUCUUUCUCUUCCACGGCUUCUCUCGAAACGCGCAAAAGACGAAAAUCGAGAUCUUUCCCGAGAAUCAAGCUAAAAUUCCGCAACAAUGAGCACCAACAUCCUCGUCAGGAUUUGCAGGCCGAAGCUCUUGCGCGCCGCGAUGACCGAGCAAAAAUCAUGGGUCAUUGUCAGCAGGUGUCUUAGUACCACUAUGUCGCGCAGUAUGCUAAAAGAUUCACCAAAUGCAGCGUUAGACAAAACUCUAUUGCAAAAGUAUUUUGAUCUGCCCCAACCGGAAAAUGCGAUCCAAGCGAAAUACAUCUGGAUCGACGGUACUGGUGAAGGAUUACGUAGCAAGACCAGAACUCUAAACUUUGUACCGAAACAUCCGUCCGAUCUACCAACGUGGACUUACGAUGGCAGUUCGACGUACCAGGCCGACGGUGCCAACAGUGAUAUAUUCCUCUACCCGGUGGCGAUUUAUAACGAUCCUUUUCGUCGCGGUAAUAACAAGCUCGUACUGUGCGAUACCUACUACAGCGACAAGACGCCAACGAAAUCGAACAAGCGAUGCCGCGCAAACCAGGCGAUGGAGUCUAUCAAGGAUCAAGAGCCCUGGUUCGGUAUCGAACAAGAGUAUACUCUUUUGGACUUCGAUGGUAGGCCACUCGGCUGGCCUAAGAAUGGCUUCCCAGGCCCACAGGGUCCUUAUUACUGUGGCGUCGGCGCCGACAAAGUCAUCGGUCGCGAAAUCGUCGAGGCCCAUUACAGGGCCUGCCUGUACGCUGGCGUGAAGCUCGCGGGAACCAACGCCGAGGUGAUGCCUUCGCAAUGGGAGUUCCAGGUAGGACCGUGCACGGGCAUCAACGCCGGAGAUGAUCUAUGGAUCGCCCGAUUCAUUCUGCAUCGCGUCGCCGAAGAAUACGGUGUAAUCGUCAGCCUGGACCCGAAGCCAGUGGACGGCUCGUGGAACGGCGCCGGUGCCCACACCAACUUUUCGACGAAGGCGAUGCGCGGCGAUAACGGUAUCGCUGAAAUCGAAAAAGCGAUUGACAAGCUCAGCAAGCAACAUCUCAGGCAUAUCCAAGCGUAUGAUCCGCGCGGAGGGAAGGACAACGAGCGUAGGCUGACCGGCAAAUGCGAGACCAGUAAUAUUCAUGACUUCAGUGCUGGGGUGGCCAACCGAAACGUCAGCAUCCGCAUUCCCCGUGGUGUUGCCGAGGAGAAGAAGGGCUAUCUGGAAGACAGGAGGCCUAGCAGCAAUUGCGAUCCCUACUCCGUCUGCGACGCCCUGGUCCGCACCUGCGUGCUAAACGAAUAAUAAAGUCGUGGUGAAGAUACAUCGGAGCGAUAUACGCACACAUCCGAAAAUACACUCUG